ACAGCAACCAGGAAACUUUGGGCUGUCAAAAAAAAGCAGUGUUUGUUCAGCUCUGGAUAGACUAUACAUAUAGGAAUUAGCCCUGGAUAAAAUAUAAAGUUAAGGUAGCGAGAACACGCGGUUCCAUUACUAUAAAAUAUUACAGCAUGUCAGGAGAGGCGAAAUUCGUGAGUCCCUUCCCCAGACCCCGGUGUCUGUCUGCAGCUGCGCCCGCUGGAAAAGCAAAACUAACUCACCCGGGUAAAGCCAUUUUAGCAGGUGGAAUCGCAGGAGGGAUUGAAAUCUGCAUCACAUUCCCGACAGAGUAUGUGAAGACCCAGUUGCAGUUAGCCGAGAAGGCGAACCCACCACGUUACAGAGGAAUCGUUGAUUGCGUGAAGCAGACAGUGCAGGGUCAUGGGGUGAAAGGUCUGUACAGGGGCCUCAGCUCGCUACUCUACGGCUCCAUCCCCAAAGCCGCUGUAAGGUUCGGUAUGUUUGAGUUCCUCAGUAACAAGAUGAGGGACGAGUCUGGGAAGCUGGACAGCACCCGAGGCCUGAUCUGCGGUCUGGGCGCUGGAGUAGCCGAGGCCAUAGUUGUAGUGUGUCCUAUGGAGACGAUAAAGGUUAAAUUUAUUCAUGAUCAGACCUCAGCGAACCCCAAGUACCGUGGCUUUUUCCAUGGCGUGAGGGAAAUAGUCAGAACACAAGGACUUGGUGGAACAUAUCAGGGAUUGACAGCAACAAUAUUGAAGCAAGGAUCAAACCAGGCUAUUCGCUUCUUCGUUAUGACCUCGUUGAGAAACUGGUACAAAGGUGACAACCCUAACAAACCCAUAAACCCUCUGGUGACCGGUGUUUUUGGAGCCAUAGCCGGGGCUGCCAGUGUGUUUGGAAACACGCCUCUUGAUGUAGUUAAGACUCGAAUGCAGGGCCUGGAGGCGCACAAAUAUAAGAACACUGUGGACUGUGCCUUGAAGAUUAUGAAACAUGAAGGACCAGCAGCGUUUUACAAAGGUACUAUUCCGAGACUUGGGCGAGUGUGCUUGGACGUGGCUAUCGUGUUUGUGAUCUAUGAAGAGGUGGUGAAGGCUCUUAACGUGGUGUGGAAGACAGAUUAAUGCUGAGAGUGCAGCAAAAAAGGCAGCUCAUGGAACACGACCAGACCUUCACAUCAUCGCAGUGUCACGGGGAAAGUGAGACACAAUGUCACUAGGGCAAAGCAACGUGAACGUGUUUAAGUUCUCUUAUGUAAUUAAGACCAAGA